UGCUUCCUUAACAGUGCUUCUUUAACACUUUCGUUUACAGUACUUUUCCGCUUAUGAAACUUCGCCUCUUGUUUUUUAUUCCUCUUCUUAUUAUGAGGCUAAGUGAUUUUAAUAUUUUCUGAAUAUUUCUUAUCAUAUUUUCUGCUGCCUGAUCCUUGCAUUUUUGGCGAACAAAGUUACAAAUGGAUGAAAAUUACGACAGGUGGAUCUGGAUGGUAGCGUAGGCUUGUGACAUUUGCCACAGUUACUUGUGUCAACGUUUCUGGUGUGAGGGUAUGUUCCUAGCCAGUAUUUAGCGUCUACAAUGGCAAACCGAGGAAUCGGUUCGCUCGCCAGUACGUUGCGCGAUGUUCUUGUAAAAGCGCAGAUCGGCGAAGAAACAAGCAAUCUGCGCUAUCUGAAGUUAUCCAAAACUCACAUCACAUUGAAUGGAUUGAUAUGCGCUGCAAGAGACGUAUUUUUCGAGACUGAAAAAGAAUUCCCCGUCUCCGUGAAGUCCGUUAUUGUGCAGGUUCGGGAUAAAGAUGGGGAUUUCGUGAUGCUGCGAGAUGAUAGCGAAAUCCAGCUGUUGGACGUUCCUGCGUUGCUUAACCAGACUAUGUUCAAAUUCAUUUUGUUGGAUGAAAACGGAAAACGAUGUGCUUCUACAUGGGAACAGCCUUCGGGAAAUGGGCCAAAUAGAAGCAGCGCUGUCCCGUCGAAAGAAUAUCAAACUACGACUAAACAGUUAUCCAGUUUGGAAACCAUGAUCACCCAGCUGUCAGCCAAUUUUGCGGUGUUCCGUAAUCAGGUUUUGCAAGAUAUUACCGAAAUUAAAGAGCGUCUUGAAUCAGAGAAACUACCUGCUCCUGAAACGUCGAACACAUUGGAUUCCCUCCGUGAUCUGUAUUCGGAAAUUAAAGUGGGUUCCGAACUUCAGUUUCCAGUUGCUAGAAUCCCUACCUCGUCGCAGACAAUAGAUGACGUCAGCGAAACCUCCUCUCAAGUUGGAAAUGUCUGUGUAAAGUUUUUCGACUGCUUUUAUAAUAAGGAGGAUGAUAUUAAGGUCACGUUGGUUGGCAAAACUGCGGGCGAGCAAGUUGCUGUUCAUGAGCAUAUUUUUCACAAAGCAGUGGCUGCCGCUGAAGAUGCGCAAAAAGGCAGUGAAGCACUUGAAUUCAGUCAGACAAUUUUGGAGUUGACCGCCGUCGAAGCUUGUGGCUGUCCGUUCCGGAUGGUACUUCAGGAUAUUCAGAAAUCAACCAAGAAGCAAAUCGUCGCCGCAUUUUAUUCUCCGGCAGGAAACCGCCUGCUGAAAGUGUUGCACCAUUGGGCUUCCAGUCGGUGGCCAGAUGGUCCGAAACGAAAUCGAUUCACUCAACUCAUUAACGGCUACAUGUGCCGGGUGUUUUACGGAUCGUCUUAUCGGACCGGAUAAAGUACAGGUGAUGUGAAAAUGGAUGUGAUCUGCUGGUGUGCAGUUUUCCUUGUGAAUCUUCCAUUCCAGACAAUAAGAUGUUUUGAGCUGAUAUAUUUAGAGCGAGAUUCUUCUUUGCCUUAUAUUUUUGUAUUCCUUUCGUAAGUACUGUACUUACAUGCAGGGCGGAUUUUUGUGUUUGAUAUGCCUUGCAUUCUGUGAUAAUUAAGAAACUUCAAUGAUUAUUUUUGAAUUUUCCACGCCACUAGUGUUUGUGGUUUUAUAAGACUGAAUAAAAUACAAACAAAAGCU